ACGGACUUCCUGUCUCGGUAGGACAGAUUCGGGGGGACGAAGUCAGCAUCACAACAAUUGCGACAUUCCAUUAAAGUCCCGGUGGCGAUACACAGCGCUUGCCAAUGUCACGUCUCUCUCUGUCUCUCUUUGAAACUGUCGAUGCUCUCUAGGAUCUGACCAACACUCUUCAACAUUCGACACAGAAAGACAGACACUGAGGUAUUGGCUCCGGCUGACAUGCGCACUGCCAAGACACUAUGGUCGUCGAGCAUAAUGCAUGCUUGUCAACAUGCUGUGUUCAUACAAGUACAUGAUCAGACUCGUUCCUUGGUCAUCCUCUCGAGUGUCCACCGAACAACUCUAUGAACGGACGACGAUGUCACUCAAGUCAAGCAGAUUUGUUGUCGCAACCGAUGAUCCCGCCGAGCAUCUCAUCUUCCUUGAACCCCUUGGUUACUCGGACUCCCAUGAGCGAAGGGACUCUCGCCCACCAGUCAUUCAUCGCGAUUCUUCGUCACAUUCUCCACUGCAGGCCUCGUUUUCUUUGUCGUUUUUGCUAUAGCCUGCGUUGUGUUGGGUGCCGUGGCCUAUCAUACACCAAUCACCCCAAGUGUUUUGACUGUUUACAAGGGCACAUACCACUCUGUUCCGCGACUCUCCAUUCUCGUGAUGAACUUCUUCGUCUCCGCGUGCACCGAGUCCAUCGGAUUCAUCCACAACGCUCCGUCCUCGCCCAGGAAGGGCGCCUCGCCUUCAACACCAACGCCUCAUUGUUCAGCGCAACGCGCGGGAAUCGGUGGAUUGGCCCCAACGAUCUGAUGGCAAAUGUAUCAAUGACAGCGCUGCUUGUUCUGUCUUUCGCGUCCAGUUCGCUCGCGUUCGAAACCUGGGAAGGCCCAUAUGCAAACGCAUACCUCUUUACCAC